AUGGCGGCGGCGCGGCACCUCAGAUCCGGCCUCCCCUCCUCCGCGCCCACCUCGCAUCCUCUGAAUCCGCGGCCGUCGCCCAGGUCCUUGCUCCCCCACAUUGUGGUUGAAACAGAUCCAUUUCUGUCGAUUUCGAUUGGCCUUCCGCGCCCUGUUUCGAGGGGCUUCGCGUCGCAGCCGGCCAAUCCCACCGGGAAGGAGAUCAAGGUUCCAGAAGCUCUGUAUGGUGGCACAGGCAACUAUGCCAGUGCACUGUUCCUCACAGCAGCUAAAGCUAACUCAUUGGACAAAAUUGAGUCUGAGAUAAAAACUGUUGUAGAGGCAUCCAAGAAGAGCCCGUUGUUUUCUCAAUUCAUAAAGGACUUGUCAGUUCCAAAAGAGACCAGGGUGAAGGCUGUAACCGAAAUAUUUGCUGACGCUGGGUUUUCAGAUGUUACAAAGAAUUUCUUGGCUGUCCUGGCGGACAAUGGCAGGCUGAAAUAUAUUGAGCGCAUUGCGGAGAGAUUUGUUGACUUGACUAUGGCACAUAAGGGGGAGGUGAAGGUUGUGGUCAGGACCGUUAUUCCACUUCCCGAGAAGGAGGAGAAAGAACUAAAGGAUACCUUGCAGGAUAUCCUUGGGAAAAACAAAACUAUUUUGGUUGAACAGAAGAUUGACUACAGCAUCAUGGGAGGAUUAGUGAUUGAAUUCGGGCAGAAGGUGUUUGAUAUGUCUAUCAGGACUAGGGCGAAGCAAAUGGAGGCGUUCUUGAGGCAACCCCUUGAAUUCUAA